AUGAUCCAUAAUGAUUCAUCUAUUUCGUAUCUAUCUGAGCUGGGAUUGGAGUGGUUAACGGCCAGGGUAGGUAAUUUGAUAAGUCAGAGAUCUCAGUUUUCCAGCCAACCAGCUAUUGCAGAGGAUUUCCAUUUGCAGUUAAUAAUAUAUCAAGGAAUUAAUUUAAGCGCCCUAUGGGGUCCACAGUCUAUCAGCGAACACAUAGGCUAA